GAACAUCUUUAUGUGUUUUCUUCUUUGGUGGGCAAGAUGGCUGGUGGUAGGCAAUACUCUUCUUCUUCCUCCAUGAACCCCAUUACCAAAAUCACCAGAUCUCCAUUCCUUCUAGCCCUACUUUCCUUCCUCUGCUUCGUUCUCCUCUUUUGCAUCUUCUCUUCUUCUUCCCCUGCUAAACCCAUCUCCAUACACACUUCCAAUACAAACCAACCCCAUCUUAAUCCUAAUGUUGAGUAUUCUUUUGUCGCUUCACUUGAAUCAUUCUUGAGUAAGAGGAGCAUUCAUGGAUCUCGCCAUCUUCCUGAUGAUACAGUCGGUGAUUCAGCGGCUGAAGAGGAUCAGCAAGUGAGGAGAUUAGAUGAUCUCAUCUGGAGAACAGAGACUGCUAGGGUUUAUAAUGAUGAAAAGGGUUCAUUCUUUUCUCCGCCUCUUAGGGUUUACGUUUACGAGAUGCCAGCCAAAUUUACUUACGAUAUGCUUUCGUUAUUCCAGAAUACUUACAAAGAAACCUUUAAUCUUACCUCUAAUGGCAGUCCUGUUCAUCGGCUUAUCGAACAGCAUUCCAUUGAUUACUGGCUGUGGGCGGACUUAAUUGCUCCAGAAUCAGAAAGGCUUUUGAAAAGUGUUGUAAGAGUUCAUAGGAAGGAGGAUGCUGACCUUUUUUAUGUUCCAUUUUUCACAACCAUUAGCUACUUCUUGUUGGAGAAACAGCAAUGCAAGAUGCUUUACAGGGAAGCGUUGAAGUGGAUUAUGGAUCAGCCUGCGUGGAAGCGGUCUGAAGGAAGAGAUCACAUAUUUCCAAUUCAUCAUCCAUGGUCUUUCAAGUCUGUUCGCAAAUACGUUAAGAAUGCAAUAUGGCUGCUACCAGAUAUGGACUCCACAGGGAACUGGUACAAGCCCGGCCAAGUUUCACUUGAAAAAGAUUUGAUACUUCCAUAUGUCCCGAAUCUUGAUCUAUGUGAUGCCAAAUGCUUAUCAGAAAGUGCAUCAAAGAGAACUACACUGCUGUACUUUCGUGGGAGGCUUAAAAGAAACGCUGGAGGAAAAAUCCGAUCUAAACUUGGAUCGGAACUUGGUAAUGCUGAUGAUGUUAUCAUUGAAGAGGGCAGUGCCGGAGAGGCAGGGAAAAUAGCCGCACAAAGUGGCAUGCGCAAGUCCGUGUUUUGCCUGAGUCCGGCUGGUGAUACUCCUUCAUCCGCUCGAUUGUUUGAUGCCAUUGUCAGUGGAUGCAUACCGGUUAUAGUUAGUGAUGAACUGGAGCUUCCUUUUGAAGGAAUUCUUGACUAUCGUAGGAUAUCUUUGUUUGUUUCUUCAAGUGAUGCCGUGCAGCCAGGGUGGCUUUUGGCAUACCUGCGAAGUAUUAAACCUACUCAAAUAAGAGAAAUGCAAGAUAAUUUGGCCAAGUACACGAGGCAUUUCUUAUACUCCCAUCCUGCUCAGCCGUUGGGGCCAGAAGACUUGGUUUGGCGAAUGAUGGCUGGUAAAGUAGCAAACAUUAAGCUUCAUAUACGGAGAUCGCAGCGUGUUGUUAAAGAAUCAAGAAGUAUCUGUAUGUGUGAUUGCAAGCCACCAAACAUUACUACUACGAGCCUUGUACCUCCCUGAUGAUGAUGAUGAUGGGGUUGUUUCCAAUUUGUUGUAUGCCAUUUCUAAACACCAGAAGAAUCUGUUUUCAAUGUUGAUUUUUGAUAUAGGAAUGUAAAAGAUGGUUUGUUUCCAUUAUUUGUUAUAGAAGAGGUUUGAUUGAGGUAUCAA